AUGACAGAAUUCGUAGUCUAUGAAGACUCACCACUUGCUGACUACUUGCAAUCCAUUGACCAAGCUGAAGCAACAGUAAAAGUAACACCUCCCUCGCUUGUCAUCAACAACGAUUCACCGAAAUUGCCUUCUGUCAGCACCAAGCAAUCAAACAUACUGAAAAUGUGGAGGCUUUCUCUGUUUCAUGACGCAUUUUCAAUAUCAUUGCCUCGAGCAGAAGAAACAGCUUUUGAAGAGAAAUUCAAAUACUUGAUUGUUACGUCGCCCUUAUUGAACGAGACAUUAUCGGUUAAUCAUCAUCACAAGCAUAGUAGCAAUAGCAGCAAGUUACCAAGUACUACUGAAUUGCCAUUUCAGUCGACUCGGACAACCAAAUUAGGUGUUACUACAAAUCUCAUUGCAACAUUGGCUUUACUUCUCGGAGCAGAAAAGCACUUUUUACAGCCCAAGGUUCCAGUCAUGACCAUCUUCUUUUCCACCUCAGCGUCAUUGUUCUUCUUGUACAGACACAAGCGGCGGUCAUCUAUCAGACAACUCUAUCAGAUUGCAUUGUCGAGAUUGCAGUCAUUCAACGAUCGCAGCGAGGCAUUUGACACCAAAGUGCAUCGUGUAUUGAUCACUAUACAGGAAAUCGAACUAGUUUCUCGAGGAUACCGGCUGUCGACACCUCUAUCACCUAUUUCUCGAAUCGAGCAGAAAAGCAAGAACAGAAAAUGCGUCCAGCUUCGCAAUCGACUCUCGGCGAUCCUCAGACGAGCAUUCAUCAUUUAUGAAGAAGGCAUCAUUGAUCUCAUGGACGUGAUCAAUAGGAAAAACCUGAGCACCUUGUACGAGAUGUAUAAUGUGCAUUCAAUUGCAUCAUUGUCUGCUAUGGGAGAAGAGAAUGGCGACGUAUACAGUCUAGAUCAGUUGAAGAAAUUGGCUCAAAUUAUGCAUUUGAAACGUAGAGAGUGCAUGGUCCACUUUUUGGCUCUGGGCGUCAUGACAGAUGAACACGAUUCUAUUCGCUUUGACUACCAGCAUGGAUGGAGAACGGUGAAUGAUAUACUGGAUAAACUGGUGAAUGAAACCGAGCAAUUUACAAAAGACAUCAUAGAGGCAUUGGAUGCCGAAUUUUACAAACCAAUGAACGAUUUUGAUAAAAAGAAGAUUACAUCCAAAAUAGAAGACACCAGACUAAAGAAGUUUGUUCAUCAACUGUCAUCGUUGGAGCAGCAACUGAGGACGAUGGAAGCAAAGAUUUAUCUAUGCAGCGAGGAUGUCCAACAUUUGACUUUAGAAUCUUCUACUGAUGACAUUAGAGAAAAGUUGCGCCACGAAUACAUGUCAGUUCAAAAGGGUUUUGAAAGCAUGGCCUCUGAAUGGGAAAACGGAAGAGUUGUGCUGGAAUCUUAUUUGGCGCCAACUAAUGUACUACCUUCUUCGCCUAUUGCUUCACCAACAUUGAAUGCUGCUGCCACUGAAGAGGAGUCGAUCGAAGAGAGCGAAGGGAAAGGCAUCAUUCUGGAUGCUGAGGAUGUAGCAGACAUAUUGAACCUUCCGCUCGCUUCGAAAGCAUCCGUGUUUGAAGCAAUCGCUGGCGUAGUUGAAAAGAAUGGAAAGGAAAGAUCCAAAAAGACGCGUCAAGAGAGAAUUGAAGAGAUGAAGUUAAAGCGUGCAAAACAGACUGAAGAAAGAUCCGCAAGAUUGGAUUCUCAAACCAUGGUCCAUGAAUUGAAGAGUGUACUUCAUAAAAGAAUCACUGAAUUGGACUUGGAUGACGGACAGGACGAUCAUCAGAAUGAGAGUCGUUAA